CUAUUUCAUUUUCAGGUGAGUCACAUUGGAAUGAACAAUCACUGCUGUCAACUUGGAUAGUUGCCUGCCUGUCCGUCCCAAGGAGAAUUCAGUACUUCCGGAGUGAAAAAUGCCGUGUCUGUCCACAGAGAGCUGGACUGACUUGCAGGUGGGCUGUCGUAUGAAAUAGGAGAAGGACUUGGUGGCCACACACAUCCAAUUCAGUUGUUACACACACACUGUCGAUCGGAGUGGCGAGACGCAGAUGUGCACUCUACGGACACCCAACUCGGCACUCAACUUUUUCUCUGUGCGUGGAUCUAUUGAACAUAUCUUUUCUCUUCAAUGAGCUUGUGAACAAACGGAGGAUAGAUGUUAUUUCGUGGGCUAAUAUAUUUUUCCAAAUAGCCUCAGAGGACCAGGGUUGGAAUAAGUAUACCCAAUUGUGUUUGAGACACCUGCGUUGAUUAGCCUCGCUUGGGAUUUCUCUAAUAUGGAUUAUGUGCGUAAUGUGGCUCAAAUAGCAGAGAAUGGAUAUUGUUUGUCGGUAAGGAUUUUAAUCGCCCAGUAGAGGAUUGAGAGGGGGGCAGCCUGACGAUGCCGGACGCGUCUCGGGACGUGCCGGUGCAUUCCUCUCCAGCAGUGGCAGCGAACGCGGAGGGAGACGAGAUAGAAGUGCUGGAGAGUAUCGAUGUCCUUCCCGUGGCCACAGAGGACCAAUGGAAAUCUCUGUUCGACAAGUUCGACUCAGAGAGUUCAGGCUUCAUCAGUACAGAGCGGUUCAGAGACCUGCUGGCGGCCCACGGCUCGGAGCUGGACCCUCACAAGCUGGAGGUUCUAUUGGCCCUCGCCGACGGCAACGCGGACGGAAAGAUCUGCUACCAGGACUUUGUCAACCUGAUGUCCAACAAGCGCAGCAACAGCUUCCGGCGGGCCAUCCUCCAGGGGGGUCGUCAGUUGAAGGGGGCUGGGGCCCUGGGGGAGGAGGUGGGUCUGGGUCUGUCCCAGAGGCUAGUGAGGCACAUCGCCUAUGAGACCCUGCCCCGGGAGAUCGACAGGAAGUGGUACUUCGACAGCUACACCUGCUGCCCACCACCCUGGCUCAUCCUGGCGAUCACCAUCGCUGAGGUGGCAGUGUUCAUGUACUAUGGCCUGCAGUUGGACCGCUGGGUGCUGCAGGUGUCCAGUCCCCACUUCCUAAGGGGCCCACUGCCCUACCACCCCCAGCUACGGAUUCAGGCCUGGAGAUACCUCAGCUAUGCCUUCAUGCACGCAGGGAUAGAACACCUGGGUCUGAACAUGGCCAUGCAGCUGCUGGUGGGAGUCCCUCUUGAGAUGGUCCAUGGAGCGCUGAGGAUAGGACUGGUCUACGUGUGUGGCGUACUGGCAGGCUCCCUGGCCGUGUCUGUCACUGAUAUGACUGCUCCGGUGGUGGGGUCGUCUGGAGGAGUCUACGCCCUGGUCUCAGCACACCUGGCCAACGUCGUCAUGAACUGGUCGGGUAUGAAAUGUCAGUUUAAGCUGUUCCGGAUGGCCAUGGCUCUGGUCUGCAUGAGUGUGGAGUUCGGCCGUGCCGUGUGGCUGAGGUUCUACCCGCCGGCCUUCCCGCCCUGCCCCAACCCAAGCUUUGUGGCCCACCUGGGGGGUGUGAUGGUGGGGCUCACCCUGGGGGUUGUAGUCCUCCAGAACUACGAGCAGCGUCUCCAAGAGCAGUCUCUAUUCUGGAUCUUCUUCUCAGUCUACUUCCUCUUUGUCCUCUGUGCUGUCUUCUGGAACGUCUUCGCCUACAGCCUGCUGGACGUCCGGCUCCCCCCCACGCCGUGACCUCCCCCCCACGCCGUGACCUCCCCCAGCCUGUGAGGGCAAACUGAGAGGGCCAACUACGUACCUCAGAUCCAAUGGAACAUAACUAUCUAGGUCCAAGACUUCAGAAUUUGUAUCUUCAUUUUAGAGUACCGUAUGGAACAGACUAUGGCAGCAUCUCUUUUUAAACCCAAUGGUGCCUAUAGCUGUAAGAAAGAGGUUAAUAUGACAGCUAGCUUCAUUGAAGGACAAUUUCAUAGGGUUGGAGAUUGUUAUGAUACACAUGUCUUCGAUCUGUCAUACUAUAGUACUGUUAUCUGUAAGUCUGGACUGAAGCUAUGAAAUGUUCCACUGUUGACAUGUUACACUGUACUGAGUACAUCUGACGUGAUAUGGUUUUGUUCCAACUUCCUGAUCUUUCUUUGGUUACCUGACUGUUUAUACAUUCAGCGAUGCUACAUCGUUGCCUUUCACCAUAUGUCUGGCAAGACAAAUGGCUAAAGCAGGAAGAGAUCGGUACUCAAGCUAGAUAUUUGCAGGGAGAAUUGGCUUACGUUUUCGUUGUUGCCUUUGGUGUGUGUGCCGUUUGCAGGAGUGGACAGUAUUGGAGGAGUGCACAGUAUCAUCCGGGUUACACUGACUUACAUUAUUUUGUCAUGUGCAAAUGGAAGUUGAAACAAAGAUAUAUGUGAUGUUCAAACCCUCUGUGUUCCUGACUGUUGCCAAAACCGUCCCUUAACCAAUAGCAUACAAACGACAGUGCACUACAGAGAACAUGUACUGUUUUAUUAAUAGGGGAAUAUGUUGCCUUCUGCCACGAGUACUGGUUGAGUUGAACAUCAGCAUUCUCCCUCUAGCACAGACUUAUUGAUAGGUAUUCAAUAUUUAACUCCGUUACAGACUGUGGAAAUGGUGCUACAUGUGAAUAGGUCCCUCCC